AUGGAUAAAGAUCGGACUUUACACGUCCGAGCUAUCGGUAGAGAGAUAUCCAAGCAAGAAUUAAUGAUAUAUUUCCAAUCACGUAAACAAUCUGGAGGUGGAGAUAUAAGCUCUGUGGACUUGAAUGAAAGCGAAGCGGUCAUUACAUUCGAAGAAAGCGAUGGUGAGUUGAAAUUUCCUUUUAAUGAUCUGUUUAAAUUUAUUUGUUAUCUUUCCCUCCGCGAUGUGGUUUAAAUUUCCCUUUUUUAAUACUUCCUCUUUCACUUUCAAAUGUUUCCAGAUGUCCCCUAAUUCUGCCGUUAAAGCAGCACCACAAACUAACUGAUCGUAACAAUCAAAUUUGUCCAUAAUAUAGCUGUAAUGAAGCUUUCCCUGAUCCAAAAUAUCGCAGAGAGCUAUUUCUGAAUGUACUUCACGUACAAUUCGGGCGCGACUUACUCUCCAAAGGCGGCAUUCCUGUUUACACGGAGCGUAUUUACCAUUUCAUUUAAUGACAUGACGUGCCCGCACGUCCUUCCUAAUUUCUGUGGAGCUACUAUGGUGCAUAAAUGACAUGACGGAAGCAGUUUCACUUUAGCUGGAAGUUUCCGUUUUGGUCGGCCGCGAGGUUUCAAACCUUUCAAGAUUGUUUUUUCCGAUCUAUCCCGAUUGAGUAAGACCUAUAGAAGAUAAAAAUGACAAGCAAAACUGAUAAAUAAUGGUUGUUUCGAAAAAAACAAUGCGCAUGUAGUUCUUUCGAGCAACAAAAUUUGCUUUGGAGUUGACGAUAGAUCAUUCUCAAACACGAUGCAAACUAUUGCUGAACAAGGUAAACUGAGCUUUUCCUCUUGAGGCAUGCAACAUUGGAACUCUUCUAAAUAUCAUUUUCAAGCGUUGAUAAGUCACAAAAUUGAUUUCAAUGGAAGAUUUUGUUUCAAAGUCGUACAAUUCCUAGAAUUUUCAACACAAAGCUAUGCAAUUUUAAACAACAAUCGAGUGAAAUAAAUCUACCACGCAAGCUUCGUAUAUGCCACGAAUUGGUACGUUUUAGCUUCACUUUUCGAAUGGUAAAUCAGGACCAUUGUGUUGAUAUGUCUUAAAGUACCUUUCAAUAGAAGAUUUUAAAGUCGGCAUUAAAUAACUUCGCCGAAGGCAAAAUUCUCAGAAUUUUCAACAACAAUCCACGCAGUUUCCUCUAAAUUCUAUUGAACAACGAUUUAAGUAUACUAAAAUGCGGUCUCGUACAUGCAAAUAAUUGUUUCUUUUUGCGUUUCUAGGCAGCAAAUUAGCAAUUCUUUGGAUAAGCUUUGGUUUCGAAUCAUUUAUGAAGUGGUUGUCUUUUCUUGUCCGCAUGCUUAAUAUCACAGAUAGAGAAGUCUUGACUGUGCUCUGUUCUGCUCGGAAAGUUUAUCCACUAAAAAAAAAAAUAAUUUUAGAAUCAUUAGGGUUAUUUAAACAAAUAUCGGAUUUUCUUAGGUUUAUUUGAGAUUUUCUGCACAGUUUCCCUCCAUAUUUACUGAACUUGAAGCUGUCCCAUUACUGUCACGCGACAAUGGUCUCGAAGACAACAUUCUAUUACAACAUGAUGUUUGGUACGUUAAGUGUGACUACUAUACUAAGAAAACCAAAGCAAUUCUUAGAAUCGCUUGGCAUUUCUAAAUAAUCAUCGAAUAUACUCAAUAGGUUUCUCUGGAGUUUUUAGUGGCAUUUUGGUGAAAAUUUCCAACUGCCGGCCAUUAAGUCAUUUGAGACCAUGUCUGGCUGUCUGAUCAAAAGCGAACAAUUUAUUAGUCGACAACCGAGCGAUACUAUAGGAUGCUCAAGCUGGGAGAAUGUUCGCUCAAAAAACAAAUUUAUUUUUGGAAUCGCUUGACAUUUCUCAGAAAAUAUCUGAUGUUCUCUUGAAGUUUGAAAGAAUAUUUCACUUGAAGUUUUGUAGAAAUUUCUGAAUGCCGGGUAUUUAGUCUAUUUCAGACCGUACGCGGUUGACGGGUACUUAACGACAGCGCAAAAAAGGUUACGCAAUUUUCUUGCUCUGAAUUCGGCUAAUAAAUUACGAUUCAAGCAUGCUGAACGACCACACGGUCUCGCACAUGCAAGAAGAAUGUUCUUUUUGCGCUUUUAUGCAGCAAAUUUACAAUUCAUUGAAUAAGCUUUGGCCUCCAAAUUUCUCUUCUGUGGUCGUUUUUGUCUUGUCUUUUUCUUGUCCACAGGCAAUGUUAUAAAAUAAUUGGUUCGUGCUUUAGCUGUGCAAGCAUCGAGUUCUGAAUGCGCUCGGGAAGUUUGGAGAGCACUCAAGAAGUUGGAGUCGCUUUCGACGCAGUCUAACGGAACUCAGUUCAAACGGUCAUGGUAGUUGAUAAUGGUUGACAAAAUCACGAAAUGCGAUCGCGUAAUUGUAAACAAAUUUAGCGCGCGCUGGGGUCAGCAAUCUCGGUGGCAUUUCAAAUCAUAAUCAAGAUAUUUCGAAUUGAAGAUACUGUAGCCUACCAGGGGAUGAUGUGAAUGGACUACGAGACAUUCUGCGAAAUUUAUCAUUUUACCAUUUGCCAUUUCGGUUUGAGUCCGUCUUUGGCAAAACUGCCGACCGAAAAACUAUCAUCAUCCGCUAGUUCAAACGGAAAAAAAAACUCUCAUCAACUACCAUGUCAAAUUUGAACAUGUCCAACUACAUGAUAGUUAAUGAUAGCCGAUGAUAGUCGAUGACAGAGGCACGAUAGUUCGUGUUCAAACGCGUGCAAUAGUUGAAAUUAUCAUCAACCAUCAUGACCGUUUGAAUGCGUGCAUUCAUAACUUGACGUACGCGCGCUAAGCAGGAACCAAUUCUUACACAACUAGUAUUUGACUACUUCACUCAAAAAAUUUGUGCAAUCCCUUGGAUAUACAGCUUUGAAAAAUUUGUGAGCACUGAUUAAAAAAUAGCACGCCAUCAUGUUCCUUCUCAGGGAGGGUUUUUCUUUUCCCCUUUUUUUAGCGUUUAUAUGGAUACACCCGUUUUCAAAAACGCUACAAUUUGAAAAUAUACAUGAAGUAUACACAUCAUAUAUUUUUUUCAAAUUGCAACAUUUUUGAAACAUUAUAUAUAAUAUAUAUAUAUACAUCUAAGUGAAAGAAUCAAAGAGGACGCAUCGAUUCUCUGUUACUAUAAGUUUCGCGCCUAAGCGCUCGUCUGACAGAAAGUUCUGUCUGACGAGCGCUUAGGCGCGAAACUCAUAGUAACAGAGAAUCGAUGCGUCCUCUUUGAUUCUUUCACUUAUAUAUACUCAGCUCUGCUACCACAGCAUUGACAGCAUUGAGCACUUUAUGCCAAGGUAGACUCUACGCCACAUUUAUAUGCAUAUAUUCUACGGUGUUCCACUCUGUUUCCAUUGUUCCAUUAUUGUAAAUGUGAGAGCAAUACGACACCCUCUCUCUGAUACAAUCCACACAACCACAACAAUCUCUGGUGUAAAAUGGAAUGAGCAAAUGAUAUUAUUUUUUUUUCUUAAAAGUCUCAGAUUGUAAACGUGUGGUAAUCAUACUCUGUAUUUUCUGUCAGUGUCAGUGCAGAUAUUCCCUGGUCCCGUGUGCAUAUUCUCUCGUUGAAAACAAAUUAAUUUCAUUCACUGCGUUCAUUCUCCAACAGUUGUUUACUAUGCUUCCUCGCUAUUUGUUGACCCACACUUUCGUUAACAAUUCAUUAUUAAUCAUUCAUUGAUACAUACGUCAGUUUCUUUAUAGGUUACAUUCAAUUUACAGUUUGUAGGUGUAAUACAAGUAGUUGUCUUACUUUCAUUUUGUUUUUUCUUUGUUCACUUUGUUUAGUCGCACAGAAUAUCAUAGGAAGAGCGCCACACAUUAUAAAUGGGACAAAGGUGGAAGUUUCCUACCAAACAUUCACGGAAGAGUUCCAGCCUGAGGAAAGAUCAGUAAAUAAGGUUAAGUUCCCUUCUUAACCUUCAUAAAGCUUACAACAAGCACCGUUUAGUCCAAAGGUUGACCAUGGAUUCUCACAGCAUGACCUCAAAUAUAACUUAAAAUAACAAGCCUAAGCCGGCUCUAAAGGAAUUUUUCAGAUUUUCUUGGUAUAUUGGCCAUAAGUUGCAAAGAGUCGCCCCAAGAAUAUUAUAUACAAAUUCAUAUUUCAACAUAUGAGGCAUGUAGGUCUUUGCUCACAUGUAUUUCUCAUGCUCUUCCAGACCUGUAUUGUCAUUGUUCGUGGUCUACCUCAGGAUUCAACGGAAGACACUGUUUUGAAUUACUUUGAGAACUCAAAGCGUUCGAAAGGCGGCGCCGUUGAAGAAGUGAAAAUCGAAGGCAAUGUAGCACGAGUGAAGUUUGAGUCAUCUGAAGGUAAUCUAAACAAUAUAAUGACCUUUUUAAGAUCGAUUUUAUUUUCGCAUAGAGCGGAGCACGUAUUAAACAAUUAUUCCAUGAUCCAUGGAUAUGAGACGAUAGAUAGCUGAGGAGUUGACUUUAAUCAUCUCAUAUUCAACAAGCACGAGUGGAAUGAUUGAUAUGUUAAUAUAGCCCCAAAUUAUAGACCAAUCUUCCCAACUUUAUUUUGUAAGAACAAAAGGAAUGUUUCAGUGCGCGAAAUUUUUUUUGGUUCCGUUUUAAUUUUGACACGUACACUUAUGAUGGCUAAGCCAAUAAAAACUCUUGAAUUGCAUUACCUAAUGAUCCAUAUUUUGAUAAUUAACCAUUAUUCCAUGAUCGCGCGUUGGAUAUGAGAUGGUAAAUAGCCAACGAGGCAAGUGGCACCGAGUUGGCCAUAACCAAUCCCGUAUCCAAUAAGUGUGAAUGAAAAAAUUGUUGUAUCAAAUUUCAUAAAAUCCUGAACGUUCGGAUAUUCCGAGCUCUUUUCAGCUCUGCAAAAGUUGACGCAAUGCAUUUUCAUAUAAGCUGACUCUGAAUAUGAGCUGAUAACUGGAGUCGAGUGAUCCAAUCAGAACACUAGAAAUGCAAUAUUCGGAGUUGAAAAUUUAAUAAUAGUCGUUAUAACCCAUCUAUUAAUUUCAAGCGAUUCUAUCGGCCACUUUACACCACGUGGUGCAAAAUCAAUGACAGUUAUAUCGCAAUAAUCCUUGUUUACGUCAAUAUUUUCCUCUGAUUUUUCCGUCGAAAACAAACAGGCCAGCGAGGAAAAUCCAGCACAAUAGUUUCGCUUUUUCGUCUUUAUUACUUUGCACUGCAGAGAAACGUACUCGUUUUAUGGAGUAGAGUGAUAGUAAUAUUACUAAAAAAAGCCGAUCUCAAAUGCUCCUUCGGAAAGUACAAAAAAGUCAACAAAUUUGUUGUCAACGCGAUACGAAAAUAAGUGAAGGUGAUGUCCUUGGCUGGGAGACUGUCCUCGAAAUUUCACAUUUUCCUUACAAAUUUCCGGCUCCCCGGCCGGAUAUACAUCUUUCGGAAAACAUCUCUGCCGUAGACAUUAUAAGCCGAAAUACAAGCCGCCUCUAGGGGUUUAUAUACUAAUUACUAUUUGUAGAUCACUAGUAUAUUGUUGUUGUUGUUUCUCAGUGUUUUUGUAGUGCUUGUUCCUAUCGGAUAAACACCUUAGCUACUACAUAAUCUUUAUUCUAUUGGUUAGCACACCCUUGACCGCAGUCACGUGAUUUAUGGUAUUCUAAUAAAGCAGUUGUGUAGAGCACUUAGCCUGUGCACGCGUUACACUAUAGUAGUAUAUAACGAGCCCAAAUAUACAACAUUUUUAAACACUAAUCUCAUUUUGUGUUCUCGGCAGUGGCACAAAGUGUUAUCAAGCAUGAUCAGCAUAUCCUGAAUGGUGCUACACUUCAUGUCAGUCUCGAAUUGCUUGAUAAUGCUGAAAAUACAAGCAAAACUAUCCAGAUAACUGGCCUUACUGCGCAGAGUACUGAAGACUCCAUUCGCAACUACUUUGAAAAUGAGAGACGUUCUGGGGGUGGAGAGGUAGAAGUUGUUAUUUUUCGGCCGGAAGAAAAUGUGGCCUUUGUGACUUUCAAAGAUGUUGAUGGUAAGUCGUUUGGUACAAGUUACAUUUUGCUUUUAAAUCUAGUAAGGGCUGCUCUUAUCAUACAUUAGAAAAGAUGAAGAACUAGCGUAUUUAUUCAGCACAAUUCCGCGUUGGUUCUGUUACAUUGCGAACAAUCUGGCUGUGUCCUUCUUUAAAGUGGUGUGAGUCACAACCAAUGGUACUUCAGUAAAGCCAGUGCAUUGCUUUGUAUGUUUGUUUCAAGUUAGGCUCCCACUACUUCUCCACCCAUUUAAUGGAAGCCUCCCAACUUGAAGUGGAUGAGUGGUUCCUCCCAGUUCUUAAAUGUUAUUAUGUUCAGAUUAACCAGGAAAGAUGAAACAUUCUUCUUGUCUAAUAGUGAGAGGUGAUGCAUGUCUUGUCGCAAGUAUGGGACCAAGAAAAAAUCUUGAGUCCCUGAGGAAUCUCUCUGCAGAUCCUUGGAUUUCUCGCUUCGAUGAAAAGCAAUUGAACUUAUUUCCAUAUUGAUAACAAUCCAGCAAUCCUAUCCUUUCAGUGAUCAACCCAUCAAUUGGUUCAUAUCUUUAUGAUUUUGAUUUUAAGAAAAAAAACCUUAUUGUUUGAUCUAUUUUGUUCCUUUCAUUCCACUUCAUUUGGUUAAACAUUGUAAUUUUUGUUAAUUGUUUGACAGUUGCAAAGAAGGUCAUAGGUAGAACACACACUUUGAAUGGAACAACAGUGGAAGUCUCAUGCCAUUCAAUCAUUGACGAGUUCCAGGCUAAGGGCGGAUCAGAAAAUCAGGUUAGACCUACAGUUUAACCAUUUAAACUUUAUACUGUGUUUCCUUUCGCGCCGAGCAUUAGUUAGUCGAAAAGUUUCCUUUUGAUAACGCCAGGCAUGAAUUCAUUCGAGCAUACAUUGCACAAUGUCAAAGCUUCAAUGUCUAAAAGUGGUGUAUUUGAUGGUCCUGUAAACCUUUCCUUGAAAGAGUAAAUUAAUCUCUGAAAAUAUCGUUCCUACAGUUAAAAACAUCGUUUCUUUUCUGUUAUUUUUGCUUUUGUCUUUGUACCGAAAUUUUAUAUUAUUUUCUCAUGAAAAUGUUCGUUCCGUCACAUGUAUCUCUCGUGCUCUUGCAGACCGGUGUUGUUCUCGCUCAAGGACUACCUCAAAAUGCAACGGAAGACACGGUUUUGAAUUACUUCGAGAACUCGGGACGGUCGGGGGGCGGCGCUGUUGAAGAAGUGAAAAUCAAAGGCACUGAAGCACGAGUGCUGUUUGAGUCAUCUGAAGGUAACUUUAUAACAUGUGUAGCUGGCGUUUGGCAUUUUAGUCCGCGAGAGGUCUGAAAAGGUUCGUGCCGUGCCUCUAAAAUAAUUAUUCAUUGGGCAAUGCUACCAACUGAGCUACAGAGCCUCAUGUUAAGAGGGAGCCUGCUGUUUUGUAAAAGGUCUCUGACCGCAAUUAUGAUAAAUGACGUUUUCACUUGCGGAUGAUAUACAGGAAGUGAAAUAUGUUAAUACGUGGAGACUCACUAACGAGAACAAAGAACCCACCUAAAUUUGCCUCGCUCCUAAGAUGAGGCUGCAUAGCUUAGUUAUUUUAUACUCCCAACUACCCCAAAGAGAAUACUGCGCGAACGUCAUGUAAGCCUGGUUGUUUCAAGUUUAUCUUUCUGUCAUUUCGUCUUUUUCGAGGGUCAAUUUUUCAUUUUUUAAUUAGAUUUUACAUUACAAUUACAUUUUUUAAUUUCAUUUUUUAAUUACCCCCAGGUGUAUAUAUAUAUAUAUAUAUAUAUAUAUAAUAUUAACUUCUUUUAUUUGAUAUAAUAACUGUUCCUAAAAGAAAAUGGUCCUGAGAAUUUUGGGGCGACAUUUCUUUACACUUGUAACCGCUUAAAAAAUUAUACGGUCAUGUGCCAGCUGAAGGGAAUAUUAUUUUAGGUCAUUUAACUUAAAAGUAUAUACUUCCUUCUCUUUCGAGGCCAAAGGUCAGGGUGUUAUUCUCUACAACUGAGCACGUAUCAGUCCUUAUCAUUUUUAGAUAAAGAAAAUAUAGUUGAUGUUGUUUUUGGUUUUGCUGUUGUUGCUCUUGCUCUUGCUCUUGCUCUUGCUCUUGCUCUCGCUGAAGAAAUAUUUAAUCUCUAAGAUUUCAAGGAUCGUCAUCUUAAUGCUUUUUCUUUGUAGUGGCACAAAGUGUUGUCAAGCAUGAUCAGCAUAUCCUGAAUGGUGCUACACCUCAUGCCAGUUUCGAAUUGCUUGACAAUGCUGAAAAUACAAGCAAAACCAUCCAGAUAAUUGGCCUUACUGCGCAAAGCACUGAAGACUCCAUUCGCAACUACUUUGAAAAUGAGAGACGUUCUGGGGGUGGAGAGGUAGAAGCUGUGACUUUUCUGCCGGAAGAAAAUGUGGCUCUUGUGACUUUCAAAGAUGUUGAGGGUGAGUUUUUAACUGUAAGCUCGUGUAGUUAUUUUUUUUUUUUUUUGCGUUUUUCAGUCAAACGGGGGUAAGUGCGGGGCGCACGCAAAGUGCGAGUUAGGCGCGAGGGCAGAAGGGCAAAAAAAUUAGCGCUUCUGACCCCCACGAGGGAAUCUUACUGCAGAUGCUUGGAUUUCUCCGCUGGAUGAUCUGCAAUUGAACUUAUUUCCACAUUGAUGACAAUCCAGCAUUCCUAUCCGUUAGGUGAUUGAUCAAUUAUAAUUGCUCCAAUUUUUUAUGAGUUUCGUUUUUGGAAAAAAAGAUUAAUUAUUGUACGUUCUGUAAAAUGUUUCUCUUUUUUCUUUUUUCUUAAUUGUUUGACAGUUGCAAAGAAAGUCUUAGGUAGAACACACACUUUAAAUGGAACAACAGUGGAAGUCUCACGCCAUUCAAUCACUGACAAGUUCCAGGCUAAGGACGGAUCAGGAGAUCAGGUCAGACCCACAACUGAACCUUUUAAACUGCCUACUGUGUUUCAUCUCGCAUCAAGCAUCCCUGAGUCGAAAAGUUUCUUUCAGUCACUCAUAGCAUAAAUCCACUGGUGCGUACAUUGUACAAUUUCAAGGCUUUAACUUCUAACAGCGGUCUAUUGAUGUUCUUUGUAAACAUUUUUCUGCCAGGAUCAAGCUUAGUUGGGAUAAUAUCGCCCUUACUGUUAAACACAUUGUCUUCGUUUCUUAUCCUUGCGUCUGUCUUUGCGGUGAAAUUUUAUUUGAAUUUCUGGAGAAAAUAUUUCGUCUGUCUCGUGUAUCUCUCAUGCUCUUGCAGUCCCGUGUUGUCAUCGUUCAAGGACUACCUCAAAAUGCAACGGAAGACACUGUUUUAAAUUACUUUGAGAACUCGAGGCGGUCGGGAGGUGGCGUUGUUGAAGAAGUAAAACUCAAAGGCAAUGAAGCACGAGUUCUGUUUGAGUCAUCUGAAGGUAACUGCAAAGCAUUCAGAGCUGUCUGAUAAGGCUUCCUCGCUCAGUUGUUUCUUGUGCCCAGCUACUAGCAAGUAGAAUUGGGUUCGAACCCCAUCAAAGCCGAAUUGUUUCAAGCUCGUUUUUCUGUGAUAUCCUCAUUUUCGAGGAUCAUUUUAUGUUCAAUUAUCCCAGGCCAUAUACGUCACAUGUAUAAUGUUAAUUCGAUUUUAUAAUCUUUUUUGCUAAAAGAAAAUGGUUAUGAGAUCUUUAGGGACGACAUUUUUUUGACACCUGGCGUAAACAAUCAUGCGACUAUGUGUCAGAUGAAAAGAAGACGUUUUUCAAGCUCGGCUAAUUUUAAAUUGUAGUCUUCUGUCUCUUUCCAAGCCCUAUUCAAAUUGUUAGGUUUUUAUUCUCUAAAUCUGAGCACGUAUCAUUCGAAGUCAUUUCUACAUAAAGAGAAUAUAGUUGAUGUUGUUGUUAUUGUUGUUGUUGUUUCCCUAACUGGAGAAAAAAAUUACACUCUAAAAUCUCGUAAAUACUGACCUCACUACUUGUUCUUUGUAGUAGCUCAAAGUGUGAUAAAGCAUGAUCAGCAUAUCCUGAAUGGUGCUACACUUCAUGUCAGUCUGGAGUUGCUCGAUAAUGCUGAAAAUACAAGCAAAACUAUCCAGAUAACUGGCCUUACUGCGCAAAGCACUGAAGACUCCAUUCGCAACUACUUUGAAAAUGAGAGACGUUCUGGGGGUGGAGAGGUAGAAGCUGUGACUUUUCGGCCGGAAGAAAAUAUGGCUCUCGUGACUUUCAAAGAUGUUGAGGGUGAGUUUUUUACUGUUAGCCUGCAGAACAGGUGUAAUUUUUUUACGUUUUUCAAUCAAACGAAGAUAAGUGAGAAGCGUGCGCGAAGUGCGAAGAAUGCACAAGGUCAGAAAAGCAAAAAAAUUAACGCUUCUUACCCCCAGGAGGGAAUCUUACUGCAGAUGCUUGGAUUUCCCCGAUGGAUGAUCUGCAAUUGAACUUAUCUCCACAUUGAUGACAAUCCAGCAUUCCUAUCCGUUAGGUGAUUGAUCAAUCAAUUGGCCCAUUUUUUUAUGAGUUUCAUCUUUAGAAAAAAUAUAUAUUUCUUGUAAGUUCUGUGUUAAGUUUCGUUUUUUUCUUUUUCUCUUAUUUAUUCAGUAAUUCAUUAAACUUUUCUUAACUGUUUGACAGUUGCAAAGAAGGUCUCAGGUAGAACACACACUUUAAGUGGAACAACAGUGGAAGUCUCACGCCAUUCAAUCACUGACGAGUUCCAGGCUAAGGACGGAUCAGGAGAUCAGGUCAGACCCUGAACUGAACCCUUUAAACUGCCUACAAUGUUUCAUCUCGCAUCAAGCAUCCCUGAGUCAAAAAGCUUCUUUAAGUCACUCAUAGCAUAAAUUCACUCGUGCGUACAUUGCACAAUUUCAAGACUUUAACUUCUAACAGCGGUAUAUCGAUGUUCUUUGUAAACCUUUUUCCUGCCAGGAUCAAACUUAGUUGGGAUAAUAUCGCCCUUACUGUUAAACACAUUUUUCUUGUUUCUUAUCCUUGCGUCUGUCGUUGUGGUGAAAUUUUAUUUGACUUUCUGAAGAAAAUAUUUGGUCUGUCUCAUGUAUCUCUCGUGCUCUUGCAGUCCCGUGUUGUUUUCGUUCAAGGACUACCUCAAAAUGCAACGGAAGAUACUGUUUUGAAUUACUUUGAGAACUCGAGGCGGUCGGGAGGUGGCGCUGUUGAAGAAGUGAAAAUCAAAGGCAAUGUAGCACGAGUUCUGUUUGAGUCAUCUGAAGGUAACUGCAUAGCAUUCAUAGCUGUCUGAUAAGGCUUCGUCCCUUAGUUGUUUCUUGUGUCCAACUGCUAGCAAGGAGAAUUGAGUUCGAGCCCCAUUAAAGCCUGAAUUGUGUCAAGCUUGUUUUUUCUGUAAUUUCGCCAUUUUCGAGGAUCAUUUUAUAAUGUUCAAUUAUUCCAGGCCAUAUACGUCAUAUGUAUAAUGCUAAUUCGAUUCUAUAAUCACUUUUACUGAAUGGAAAUGGUUGUGACAUCUUCACGGACGACAGUUUUUUUGACACCUGGCGUAAACAAUCAUGCGAUUAUGUGUAAGAUGAAAGAAGACGUUUUUCAAGCUCAGCUUAUUUUAAAUUAUAGUUUUCUGUCUCUUUCGAAGCCCUAUUGAAUUUGUUAAGCUUUUAUUCUCUAAAUCUGAGCACGUAUCAUUCGUUGUCAUUUCUACAUGAACAAAAUACAGUUAAUGCUGUUGUUAUUGUUGUUGUUGUUGUCCUUGCUGGAAAAAAAUUACACUCUAAGAUUUCGUAAAUACUGACCUCACCACUUGUUCUUUUUAGUGGCUCAAAGUGUUGUAAAGCAUGAUCAGCAUAUCCUGAAUGGUGCUACACUUCAUGUCCGUCUGGAGUUGCUCGAUAAUGCUGAAAAUACAAGCAAAACUAUCCAGAUAACUGGCCUUACUGCGCAAAGCACUAUAGACUCCAUUCGCAACUACUUUGAAAAUGAGAGACGUUCUGGGGGUGGAGAGGUAGAAGCUGUGACUUUUCGGCCGGAAGAAAAUAUGGCUCUCGUGACUUUCAAAGAUGUUGAGGGUGAGUUUUUUACUGUUAGCCUGCAGAACAGGUGUAAUUUUUUACGUUUUUCAAUUAAACGUAGAUAAGUGAGGGGCGCGCGCGAAGUGCGAGUUAGGUGCGAGGGCAGAAGGGCAAAAAAGUUAACACUUCUGACCCCCAGGAGGGAAUCUUACUGCAGAUGCUUGGAUUUCUCCGAUGGAUGAUCUGCAAUUGAACUUAUAUCCGCAUUGAUGACAAUCCAGCAUUCCUACCCGUUGGGUGAUUAAUCGAUCAAUUGGUCCAUUUUUUUAUGAGUUUCAUCUUUAGAAAAAAUAUAUAUAUUUCUUGCAAAUUCUGUAAUAUGUUUUUUUUUUUCUAUUUUCUUUUAUUUCUUCAGUAAUUCAUUAAACUUUUCUUGAUUGUUUUGCAGUUGCAAAAAAGGUCUUAGGUAGAACACACACUUUAAGUGGAACAACAGUGGAAGUCUCACGCCAUUCAAUCACUGACGAGUUCCAGGCUAAGGACGGAUCAGGAGAUCAGGUCAGACCCUGAACUGAACCCUUUAAACUGCCUACAGUGUUUCAUCUCGCAUCAAGCAUCCCUGAGUCAAAAAGCUUCUUUAAGUCACUCAUAGCAUAAAUUUACUCGUGCGUACAUUGCACAAUUUCAAGACUUUAACUUCUAACAGCGGUAUAUCGAUGUUCUUUGUAAACCUUUUUCCUGCCAGGAUCAAACUUAGUUGGGAUAAUAUCGCCCUUACUGUUAAACACAUUUUCCUUGUUUCUUAUCCUUGCGUCUGUCGUUGUGGUGAAAUUUUAUUUGACUUUCUGAAGAAAAUAUUUGGUCUGUCUCAUGUAUCUCUCGUGCUCUUGCAGUCCCGUGUUGUUUUCGUUCAAGGACUACCUCAAAAUGCAACGGAAGAUACUGUUUUGAAUUACUUUGAGAACUCGAGGCGGUCGGGAGGUGGCGCUGUUGAAGAAGUGAAAAUCAAAGGCAAUGUAGCACGAGUUCUGUUUGAGUCAUCUGAAGGUAACUGCAUAGCAUUCAUAGCUGUCUGAUAAGGCUUCGUCCCUUAGUUGUUUCUUGUGUCCAACUGCUAGCAAGGAGAAUUGAGUUCGAGCCCCAUUAAAGCCUGAAUUGUGUCAAGCUUGUUUUUUCUGUAAUUUCGCCAUUUUCGAGGAUCAUUUUAUAAUGUUCAAUUAUCCCAGGCCAUAUACGUCACAUGUAUAAUGUUAAUUCGAUUUUAUAAUCACUUUUGCUGAAUGGAAAUGGUUAUGAGAUCUUUACGGACGACAGUUUUUUGACACCUGGCGUAAACAAUCAUGCGAUUAUGUGUCAGAUGAAAAGAAGACGUUUUUCAAGCUCAGGUAAUUUUAAAUUGUAGUCUUCUGUCUCUUUCCAAGCCCUAUUAAAUUUGUUAGGCUUUUAUUCUCUAAAUCUGAGCACGUAUCAUUCGUUGUCAUUUGUACAUAAAGAGAAUAAAGUUGAUAUUGUUAUUAUUGUUGUUGUUGUUGUCCUUGCUUGAGAAAAAAUUAUACUCUAAAUAUUUCGUAAAUACUGACCUAACUACUUGUUCUUUGUAGUGGCUCAAAGCGUUUUAAAGCAUGAUCGGCAUAUCCUGAAUGGUGCUACCCUCCAUGUCAGUCGCGAGUUGCUCGAUAAUGCUGAAAAUACAAGCAAAACUAUCCAGAUAACUGGCCUUACUGCGCAAAGCACUAUAGACUCCAUUCGCAACUACUUUGAAAAUGAGAGACGUUCUGGGGGUGGAGAGGUAGAAGCUGUGACUUUUCGGCCGGAAGAAAAUAUGGCUCUCGUGACUUUCAAAGAUAUUGAGGGUGAGUUUUUUACUGUUAGCCUGCAGAACAGGUGUAAUUUUUUUACAUUUUUCAGUAAAGGGAAGAUAAGUGAGGGGCGUGCGCGAAGUGCAAAUUAGGCACGAGGGCAGAAAGGCAAAAAAAUUAACGCUUCUUACCCCUGCGAGGGAAUCUGACGGCAGACGCUUGGAUUUUUCCGAUGGAUGAUCUGCAAUUGAACUUAUCUCCACAUUGAUGACAAUCCAGCAUUCCUAUCCGUUAGAUGAUUGAUCAAUCAAUUGGUCCAUUUUUAAUGAGUUUCCUCUUUAGAAAAAAAUAUAUUUCUUGUAAGUUCUGUAAUAUGUUUCUUUUUUUCUUUUCUCUUUUAUUCAUUCAGUAAUUCAUUCAACUUUUCUUAAUUGUUUGGCAGUUGCAAAGAAGGUCUUAAAUAGAACACACACUUUAAAUGGAAAAACAGUGGAAGUCUCACGCCAUUCAAUAACUGAUGAGUUCCACACUAAGGACGGAUCAGGAGAUCAGGUCAGACCCACAACUGAACCCUUUAAACUGCCUACAGUGUUUCAUCUCGCAUCAAGCAUCCCUGAGCCAAAAAGCUUCUUUAAGUCACUCAUAGGAUAAAUUCACUCGUGCGUACAUUGCACAAUUUCAAGACUUUAACUACUAACAGCGGUAUAUUGAUGUUCUUUGUAAACCUUUUUCCUGCCAGGAUCAAGCUUGGUUGAGAUAAUAUCGCCCUUACUGUUAAACACAUUUUCCUCGUUUCUUAUCCUUGCGUCUGUCUUUGCGGUGAAAUUUUAUUUGACUUUCUGAAGAAAAUGUUUGGUCUGUCUCAUGUAUCUCUCAUAUUCUUGCAGACCCGUGUUGUCCUCGUUCAAGGACUACCUCAAAAUUCAACGGAAGACACUGUUUGGAAUUACUUUGAGAACUCGAGGCGGUCGGGAGGUGGCGUUGUUGAAGAAGUGAAAAUCAAAGGCAAUGAAGCACGAGUUCUGUUUGAGUCAUCUAAAGGUAACUGCAUAACAUUCAGAGCUGUCUAAUAGGGCUUCGUCGUUCAGUUGUUUCCUGUGUCCAACUGCUAGCAAGGAGAAUUGGGUUCGAACCCCAUCAAAGCCUAAAUUGUUUCAAUCUUAUUUUUUCUGUGAUUUUGUCAUUUUCGAGGAUCAUUUUGUAAUGUUCAAUUAUCCCAGGCCAUAUACGUCACAUGUAUAACAUUAAUUCGAUUUUAUAAUCACUUUUGCUGAAUGGAAAUGGUUAUGAGAUCUUUAGGGACGACAUUUUUUUGACACCUGGCGUAAACAAUCAUGCGACUAUGUGUAAGAUGAAAAGAAGACGUUUUUCAAGUAAUUUUAAAUUGUAGUCUUCUGUCUCUUUCCAAGCCCUAUUGAAUUUGUUAGGUUUUUAUUCUCUAAAUCUGAGCACCUAUCAUUCGUAGUCAUUUAUACAUAAAGAGAAUAUAGUUGAUGUUGUUGUUAUUGUUGUUGUUGUUGUUGCCCUUGCUGGAGAAAAAAAAUUACACUCUAAACUUUCGUAGAUACUGACCUAACUACUUGUUCUUUGAAGUGGCUCAAAGUGUUGUAAGGCAUGAUCAGCAUAUCCUGAAUGGUGCUACACUUCAUGUCAGUCUCGAGUUGCUCAAUAAUGCUGAAAAUACAAGCAAAACCAUCCAGAUAACUGGCCUUCCUGCGCAAAGCACUGAAGACUCCAUUCGCAACUACUUUGAAAAUGAGAGACGUUCUGGGGGUGGAGAGGUAGAAGCUGUGACUUUUCGGCCGGAAGAAAAUAUGGCUCUCGUGACUUUCAAAGAUGUUGGUGGUAAGUCGUUAAGUACAAGUUACAUUUGCUUUUGAAAUCUGAUAAGGGCUGCUAUUUGAUAUCUUACAUAAAGGUAAGAUAAAAAAUUAUCACUUAUUGCCAUUGUCCACAAUUCCUUCCAAGUUAUGUAAAAUUGCUGAUGAUCUCGUCCCAUCCUCGUUUAGUUUCCCUCUUCUUCCCUCCCCCUUCCCACUUCCCCUUACCCCUUCCCCUUCCCCUUCCCCUGCCCCCUCCCCUUUCCCCAUACCCCUUCCCCCUUCCUCUACCCCCCUUCUCCCCUUCCCCCCCAAAGUCUCCCAACCUGAAAAGCUCUCUUAUGCAUUUCUAAUGACUGACUCAUAGUGAUUCUUUUUACUAUAAGACACGGUAAAUUCGUCGUGAUUACAGAUUGUGUUUGAGUGGCCUAGGAAAGAAAGCAAGAUCCUUCUUCGAGUAAUGAAAGAUGGUAUAUAUCUUGUCAUGCACUAGAAUAGUACAAAGAAAAACAAUGAAUCAGAUAACUUUUUUCUAUAUUGAUGACAAUUCAGCAGUCCUUUCCUUUCAGUAAUCAAUCCAUCAAUUGGUUCAUUUCUUUAUGAGCUUCGUUACCUACUUUUUUUUUAAUUGUUUUGGCAGUUGCAGAGAAGGUCUUAGGUAGAACACACACUUUAAAUGGAACAACAGUGGAAGUCUCACACCAUUCAAUCACUGACGAAUUCCAGGCUAAGGAUGGAUCAGGAGAUCAGGUCAGACCCUCAGCUGAAUCCUUAAGACUUUUUACUGUGUUUCAUUUCGCAUAAAGCAUUACUGAGUCGAAAAGUUUCUUUAAGUCAUUCAUAGCAUAAAUUCACUCGUGCGUACACUGCACAAUAUCACAGCUUCAAAUUCUUAUAUCGGUAUAUUUGAUAUUCCUUGUAAACCUUUUCCAGCAAAGAUUAAUCUUAUAAUUAUGGAGAAUAACACUCUCACAGUUCAAUACAACAGUUUGUGUCUAAUUCUAGCUUUUGUCUUAGUACUGUAAUUUCAUUUCAUUUUCUCAAGAAAGUAUUUGUUCUGUCUCAUGUAUCUCUCGUGCUCUUGCAGACUCGUGUUGUCUUCGUUCAAGGACUACCUCAAAAUGCAACGGAAGACACUGUUUUGAAUUACUUUGAGAACUCAAGGCGGUCGGGAGGCGGCGCUGUUGAAGAAGUAAAGAUCAAAGGCAACGUAGCACGAGUGCGCUUUGAGUCAUCUGAAGGUAACUGUCUAACAUGUUGCUGAUGGUUUUGUCUGCGCAAAAGCGAAAGGCAAGGAUUUAAAUAUAUGAUAUUAAUUGAUUAGCUUCCUAUGGUGAAGGAAUGAUUCUUACACUACAACUGAAGAAUUUACAGAAAAACAAAAAAAAAUCCGGCUACGAUGGGAUUUUUGCCAUAGCUCACACCACGUAGUUACAUGGCACUAUUACGAACUGAGCUACAUAGCCACACUUUGGGACGUAGACAAAUUUCAAAGGCCCUGUUAUUUUCGCAAAGUUCUUUGAGCACAAUUGAAUUAAAUCACAUUUUCAUUUUCGGGUGAUAUAAGUUAUUACGUGGAGAUUCAUUAACGAGAACGAAGAAACCUGUAAAACUUGCCUCGCUCCCAAGAUGAGGCUACGUACCUCUGUUGUUUAUAGCGCCCAAGGAGGAAAGGGCUCCAACCCCGUUAAAGCCUGAAUUGUUUCAAGCUUUUUUUUUCUGUUAUUGGGAAUUUCAAAGAAUCAUUUCGUCAUUAUGAAAUCAUCCUAGUUCAUAUAUAUGAUAAUUACUUUUAAUUAAUUUGAUGGUACUGAGAUAUUAGGGUGACAUUUCCUUAAAGUAGGCAUAAACCCGAUCAUGUGAUCACUUGCCGGGAGAAAAAGAGACUCUUUUCAAGCUUACUUAAUUUCAAAUUUUACAUUAUUUCUCUUCCGAGGCCAUAAUAAAUUGCUUAGGUUAUUAUUCUCUACUUCUGAGCACGAAUCAGCGGUUAUCAUUUAUAGAUAAAGAGUACAGUCGAACCUGUACUAAGCAGCAUUGUAUUAAGCAGACCCUGUAUAAAGCGGUCGGUUUUCAAAGUCUCAAUAUGUAUUCCUGCUAUUUUCACCUCUAUUAAGCGGUCACGUAUAUUAUGCGGUCAUGGUAACCGAUGACUGAGUAUCAACGGCCUGUUUGCAUUAUCCUUCACUCAAGCUCUCGUAUUUUGUUUCCUUUUAUUUCCUUCAUUAAGGUUGUCUGUUUCAAUUUUUCUUAAUUGUUUGGCAGUUGCAAAGAAGGUCAUAGGUAAAACACACACUUUAAAUGGAAAAAAAGUGGAAGUUUCAUACCAUUCAAUCACUGACGAGUUCCAGGCUAAGGAAGGAUCAGAAAACCAGGUCAGACCCACAGUUUAACCUUUUAAACUUUUUACUUUGUUUCAUUUCGCGUUAAACAUUACUCAGUCGAAUAGUUUCUUUUUGGUCACUCCUAGCAGGAGUCACUCCCGUAUACACUGCACAAUUUCAAAGCUUCAAAUUCUUUAUGCAGUGUCUUUGAUAUUACCUGCAAACUUUUUGUUCGAAAAAUGUCUCUCUUACAAAUAAACACAUCGUUCUUGUUCUUACUCUUGCAUUUGUCGUUGUACCGAUUUCUCAUUUGAUUUUCUUACGAAAAUGUAAGGUUAGUCAAAUGUAUCUCUUGUGAUCUUGCAGACUCGUGUUGUCUUCGUUCAAGGACUACCUCAAAAUGCAACGGAAGACACUGUUUUAAAUUACUUUGAGAACUCGAGGCGGUCGGGAGGUGGCGCUGUAGAAGAAGUGAAAAUCAAAGGCAAUGUAGCACGAGUACAGUUCGAGUCAUCGGAAGGUAACAGUAUAGCACGCGCAGCUGACAGUUUUGUCCGCGUGAGAGUGACGAGAGGCGAGUCCGCGAGAGGCUUGGAACGAAAGACUUUGGUGACAUUUUUGUUCUUCUCGCGGCCUCCCCGCUCAUCACUUAGUACAUUUUUCAGAAUUUUAUUAUUUAAGUCUAAGCACGUAUUAGUAGUUGUUAUCGUUUGUAGAUAAAGAGUAUGUAGUUGAUGAUGUUGCUGCUCCUGCUCUUUUUGUUGCCAAAGAACAAUUUACAAUCUAAGAUUUCAAAAAUACUGAUCUUAUUUCUUAUAGUUGCACAAAGAGUUGUCAAGCACGAUCAGCAUAUCCUGAAUGGUGCCACACUUCAUGUCAGUCUCGAGUUGCUCAAUAAUGCUGAAAAUACAAGCAAAACCAUCCAGAUAACUGACCUUACUGCGCAAAGCACUGAAGACUCCAUUCGCAACUACUUUGAAAAUGAGAGACGUUCUGGGGGUGGAGAGGUAGAAGCUGUGACUUUUCGGCCGGAAGAAAAUGUGGCAUUCGUGACUUUCAAAGAUUUUGAAGGUAAGUAGUUUCGCGUAAGUUGCACUUUGUUCUGAAUUCUAAUGAGGUAGGAUGAAGCCAUCUCUAACAACAUUUUAAAUAUUUGACAAAGUUCCCUCUUGGCUCUAUUACAUUCCUCAUUUAGCGAUCCUGCGACAACUGCUUGAGAUACAUGUACAACUCAAUAAGUGUUCAAUUAGGCCAAGAUAUUGUGAUACUUCUUCAUCAUCUUGCAUUUCUAAGUAUGGAUUAUGAAUCCUGAAACAGUUUUCCUUGCUCUGAUAAGCAAUUGUUACAUUUUGUCACGUUUCAAGCUGCAAAAGGUGUGUUACUUCGCGACAAGCACAUCCUCGAGGGAGCCAUACUGCUUGUGAAACCCUCCAACACAGCAGCUGACACGCUCGACACAGCAGGAAUACAAGAAUCACGAACAAUAAAGGUUACGGGACUUGCUGCGAAAACAACUAAAGAUGCAAUUUUGAAAUUCUUCGAAGACCAAACGCGCUCUGGGGGAGGAGAGAUAGAGGGCGUUGUUCAUACUCCCGACCGAGGAAUCGCUAUCAUUACUUUUACAUCGGCCGAAAGUGAGUAUGGAAAAUUUUCAAGUAUUUGACUUAGAAUUUACAGACGUAAGAUUGUUCGAUGAUGAUUGAAAUUUGUUACUUUGAAAGCAACGAAAAGUACCCUGAGACAAGGCAGGCAUACCCUUGACGGAGCCACACUGAAUGUCAUGAUCACAGCGCGUAGCCCUGAAGUUGAGCCACAUAACGAUGGAGUAUCUCAAGAAUCUCGCACCAUUGAGGUGACUGGAAUUAGUGCGAAAACAACUAGAGAGGCUAUUUUAAACUUCUUCGAGAACAAAAAGCGUUCCGGGGGAGGUGAAGUAGAAAAUGUCGAUCAUGAUUCAGACCAGGGGACAGCUGUUAUUACCUUUACCACGGCCGAAAGUAAGUCCAGAUAUACUGUCAUAUACCUACGUAUAGUCUCGCCCUCGUCCAGCUCUGCUCAAGCAAGAUGAGCUAGAUGAAAUCGGAGCAACAUUUACAUAUAAACUAACUGAUUUUUUCAUUUCUAAGUUGCCCCUGAUUAUACGCCGCUGGGAAUGUUGACAUCUUCUAGAAAGGAUGAAAAAAAAACUGAAAUUUUCCUCGUAGUAAACAUUUGGUACGAGUUGCUUAAGUUAUAAAUAAAACUGUUGUGCAUUUCGUUUCGCUUUUUCUCUUGUUUGUUUCCUUUGCUUGUUUGUUUGACUCACUCAAAUAUAUUCUUUCUUCUUGCCUGAAGGUGCUCGUGGAGUCUUAAGUAAAAGAAGUCUAACCUAUGAUGGAGCGAAUCUGACAAUUACUCUCAAACAACCUCCACGGGAACUGCCUAUUGACACUAAAAGACUUUUAGUGAAAGGCCUCAGUGACAAAACAACCCAGGAUGCUUUUCAGUGUUACAUGGAAUUAGUAAGUGGAGUGGAUGUCCUGAAAGUCGAGUUUGGAGGUGAAGCAUGUGCAGUGGUCACCUUCAAUGAGGCCUAUGGUAAGUUCAAAUUCCCUGCAAGUUAAACCCAAAUGACAACUGGAAGGGAUAAAUUGACUUAAGUUAGCCGUAAAUGUGGGAUUUAAACAGCGUUUUUAUAACUCUAUCGUCCCUUGACGUAUCAUUUAUAGUGUUUUAUUCACGAUCUUUCUCUUAACCGGUAAGUCUAGAUCUGUUCAGCCGGUGAAUUUAUUAUGGGAUGGAGUCGGCCAUGAUCUCCAUAUGGCUGUUUUGGAAAGAAAAAUUCUCAUGUUAUUUUAGAUCGCCUUAAUAACAGCUAAAUAGCUCUCACAGUCGCAUUAUAUUCUUAGAACACAAUAAAUUUACUUUUUUGUGUCUAGUUUUCGAUAAGAUAAUAUUUUUGUGUUCUUCAAUACUUGAAUACCUAUCGUUUCGAAAAUACACAGAUUAUCACACUGUUACAAAGAAAAUCUCUGUGAGGCCUCUGGAGGGAAAAACUCUGAUAGCAGAACAACUUCCAGUUUGUCACUGCGUACAAGUAUCAGGUUUUAACAAGGAAACAACUACUGAGGAUACUAUACGUUAUUACUUCGAGAGUCCAAAGAACAAUGGUGGUGACGUAAGCAGUGUGGAGCUCAAUCUAGAGGAAGGAUGGGCGUUGGUUUUCUUCGAAGACCCAAAAGGUGUGUAACAUAACUAACCUUAUUGAAGAGAAAGUCAGUUACUGUCAGUUCAAUUUGAACUUUUGAAAAUGUCCCCAUUAUCUUUGUCUGGUGUAUCAAGAAACGCCUAAUGUUCUCAGUCGAACACCAGCCCUCAAGAGAAAACGCGUAGUGUGGGUCUACCAACCUACAGGACAUAACACUUCAAAAGCAUUUAGUAACGAAGUACUAGCCAGUAACGAAUUGAUCAUACUGGCUAACUGCAAUCAGGUUGAAGUCAUUAAGUGCUUUCUGGAAUGAAUAUAGGGAGUAAAUUUCUAACGAAACCGUGGUGCUGCAUUGUUAGGGGAGCAUAAUAGGAUAAUUUGGAUUAAUUUUAAUUAAAACUGAGUUGACUGUGUAGAUUGGCCGACGUAAAGAAUUUCUAAAGCUGAUAUUUCGAGUGUUAGCCCCUCGUCAGAGUGAAUGGAGGAAUUGUGGGUUGUGUGUGUCUAUAUAGCAGAAAAUGGAGCUGAGCUAUUGGUGAGAAUGUGGUAACAAGAGAAGUAAAAAUAAUUUAGUUGAAUGAAUAUCGUUUGUUGAUUCCGUGAGUUUCUCGGCUUUUCAAACUGCCUAGAUGUAGGGAAAGGCCGUUGACUGCCAUAUGCUAUUUAAAAUGAUUUGGGAGAUUAAGGAGUCUAGCGACUGUAUUGGAUGUGUCCUUUUCAUUCCUUUCUAUGUCGCAAAGGUGUUCUCGAGAUCGGUAGCUUGGUUGUCUUCCUGUUUCACCAAUGAAUACCUAUUGCUAAGUGCGAGUUACGCAAUGGAUGACAUUGGCGUAGGUGCACGUAAAAUGAUCAGCAAUUUCAAUGGAUCGCUUGGGUCUGGAUAUUUCCUCUACGUUAUGAAUGAAAGGACAAGUUAUGCGUCGUGCGCGCCUGCAUUUGAAAGUUCCGGGCUAAUCCGGCAUUAGUUUGGAUUGAACUUCCGACCAUAAAUGGUGUAUGUUUCAAUCGUGUUUGAAAGAAAUUAGUCGAGGUUUCAAAAAUAUAGUACCAGUUUCGGUACCAUUUUUCGAAUGAAAUUCGAUCGGUAUUUUCCUUCUGUGACAUUUGUAGUGCUGACUGUCUAAAAAUUGCGGCUGAGCUGGGAAGGCGUUUUUGCUACCUCUUAUCUUAGUCGUAAAUAAAAAUAUGAUUUACUCUUUUAAAUAUUGCUUUUGAUCGGACUUGUUACCAGGGAACAAAGAACCAUGAAACUUCACCUUGCUACUGGUGCGUGACCUCAUUUCUAAGUUGGUAGAAGUGCCUAAGUAUUAUCUAAAGGCUAAAUCUCCAUCGAAGCAUUUUUUUCCGAAUUAUCUUCCUUUCAUGACUUCAACAGGAGUUAUACUGCGAGGAUCAAUUUGUUUAAUGAUAUCUUAAACACAGUCCCAAAUAAUUACGAUCUUUAAAGCAUAUAGCAGUAAGUAUAUUCCACGACAAAAGCAUUAAGCAGUAAGUUUCCCAUGUUUUCAUAUUACCUUAAAAAUAUCUCGAACAUCUAUUUCAGUUGUUUCCAAUGUUGUGACGGGGAGUCACUUCCUUGGCGGUGCAAAGCUGGAUGUCAGUUCUCAUUGCUCAUUGCUUGGGAAACCUCAACCAGUUGAAAAUGAUGUUGAAUUGAUGCAAAAUAUCAAUGUGGAUGGAAAGAAAAUGCAGUUCAUUUUGGAACACUACAAAGCUGAUUUGAGAGAGGUUGAGAACAGUCACGAUGUUCAGAUAACCUGGGAUGAGGGCAUCAACAGCGUCACGGUCACGCCCAAAGAUGAGGCCUUAAGAAACAAGUACAACUUCGAUGAGGCAUGUGAGGCUAUUACUUAUUUCCUUGCUGAGUUUGUUGAAAGCUCCACGCGUGUCCCUCCUGAGGCUUGGGAUGAUGUAGUCGACAACUUCAAGAAAAGUAAAAGCCCAGCACAGCAAAAAGUAAGAAUGGAUUGUAUCGCUGAGCAGCACGUUUUCUUUUUCAUCGGGAAGAAGCAAGAAGUUGAGGAAGUUACCAAAGAAUUGGAAGGAAUAAUAGUUGUAAUUGAUAAAAAGCUUAAGAGAGAGGCAUCGAAAAUAGAGUGUACAGUCAAAGUUUCAUAUACGCGCUUGCAAUUCUUGAAACAUCUCGAAUUUGCUCAGGAACUGGAAAGUCGACAUGAAGAAGUCGAAGUCACCAUUCUCCUUGAAAAGGAAAAGCUUCAAAUUCGAAGUCCUCCCGAAACCGUCCAUAAGGUGAAAGCAGCCAUUUUGGAGGCAGUUGCCAAAAUGAAAGACGUGAAGCUGAACAUGUCACUGAAUGCUCUUGCCUUGCUGAAGAGUACGCCCUGUCAAGUAUUCAUGAGAGAUACGCUCACGGCCAGCAAUUUACAAGCCAUGAUAGCCUUUGACGAAAGAAACGAAAAUGUAUUAGUGGUGGGGACGGACAGUGAUGUCGCAGAGAAAGCUCACGAUCUAGUGAAAACCAAGAUAGUUGAAGAAUGCGUCGACCUGGAUGAAGAUCAAGUUCAGUUGGAGAAAAGCAGAAAGUGGCAUCAGCUGAAAGAAGAGAUAACAGAAAAACGCAUUUUAACUCUAUCAUUUGAUAGAGGCAAUAAGAAGAUAUGUCUCGUGGGCCUAAAAGAGGAUGUUCCGGUUGCUAUCGAGGCUGUUAAGCGUUUCCUCGCAGAAAAUACCAUUGUCAGUACCGUAGUGACGCUUCCAAAGGGUUGUCGCCGAUUUCUUGUAAAGUACCGCGAACCGGAACUGCGGCAAAUACAAGAAGAUUUGAAAGAACACUCCACGCGAAUAAAGAGUUUGGCAGAUGAAGGUAAACAAGAUCUGGUCGUCUCAGGUACGACCUGCGGAGUUGACAAAGCUAAGGAGCUGAUUCAAGAUCUCGCAUCUAAAGUUCAAAGUCAAAAGAUGCCUGUCAACAAACCUGGGAUGCGUAAAAUGCUUGAUGGAAGCAAAGGAAAAAAAUUACUGGGUAUGUUGGAGAAUGAAAAUAAUUGUGUAGUCGAGUAUUUUCUACCAAACAAAGGGGACGAAAAGGAAGUGAAAGAAGAAAAGAAAGCAGAAAAGAAGAAGGAGAGUUUGUACGACCUUCUUACUCCGGACGGAAGGAAGAUUCUGGUGUUUAAAGACAACAUCUGCGAUCGCAACGUGGAUGUUAUUGUUAGUGCUGCUAAUUCAAAGCUUCAGCACGUAGGUGGUGUCUCAAAAGCCAUAUCUGAGAGAGCGGGAGAAGCCUUCAAGGCGGAAUGUAAUCGGUUUGUCACUGAUGCAGGACCAAUUUUAGACGGCCAGGUGGCUGUCACGUCUGCAGGAAAUCUACCUUUCAAAAAAGUAAUUCAUGCUGUGGGGCCAAAAUGGGAGAAAAAAGCAGCCCAAGAAAAAUCAAUGGGGAGAACUCCUAGAGAGGAAAAGAUUUUAAGCUACGCAGUAACGAAUGCCCUAGACGCUGCGAAGGACUAUAAUUCGGUAGCCAUUCCUGCUAUUAGUAGCGGAAUCUUUGAAUUUCCACUUGAACUGUGCGCCAAAAUCAUGGUAGAAUCAAUGCUGACUUUUUUCCGAAAAAACCCGAGUUGUCUCCUGUCCGAGAUUCAGUUUACUAGUAUCGAAGAUGGUGUCGUAAAGGCCUUUGCAAAAGAGUUGGAUUCCAGAUGUCAUAACGAACCUAGUUAUCAAUCAUCUUCAGACUCAAAAAGGAAGGGAAAAGAAAGAAAGAAAAAAGGCAAAACCACAUCAGUUCCAAAUACAUCCUUGGCAACAGUUUCUUCCAAUACUGCUCCGAAUGUUAUCAAGACAGCCGAAGGCUUACAGCUGGUUCUUGUCAUUGGCGAUAUGUCUUCUGAAGAGGUAAGGCACGUUAUGCUCUUCAAAAUCAAAUUGAUUCUAAAGAGAUAUCUUUAACAAUGGUUCACUGAAGUGGAGAUAAAUAGUGAUGGUCAGUUACCGAGCCGCGAAGCAGUUGUUCAAACAUAUUUUUGCAUUUGUCCUCAUUAAGGGCCUGAUUCUGAUUUAUGACAAGAAUAUCUCUUGCUGGCUUUCUUCAGGUUGAUGUUAUCGUCAACACAACGUCAUCGAACCUGAAUCUGAGUGGGAACGCAAGUUCUAAGGCCCUGAGUACCGCUGCAGGCCCCAAGCUGCAAGAAGAGUGUAAAAAGAUUGGCCAGGUAAAGACCGGAGAGAUUGUGGUUACAAACGGAGCAAAUCUAGCGUGUAAGCACGUUUUCCACACCUCAUGUCCUGGAUGGGAGAAAGGAGAGGGCGAAAAGGUUAGCACAGAUAUCAUCUUUUUUUCUUGCAAUGGCAACUUUGAUGUCUGCUUAUUUCUACUUCCUUACCCGCCUACUUUGACAGAAGAGGCCCAUGACCAUGCGAAAAAAAAUUCAAACAUAGAGCACGGUUCAAGUCCCAUUAUCUUAAAAAAAGAGGCCAAGAUAAAUAUAGUUGAACGAAGAAAUAACAGGAAUUGUGUUACGGAACGCCUUCGAAUUCUUCCAUGAUUUCAUGUGCUAUUUCAGCUGCAAAAUAAUGUGAAAUUUAGAAAAUUUGCCAUCUUUAUGAUUAUCUGUAAGGUACAUAUACAACGGGCCUUAAACAUCUUAUUUACAGGUACUGCGGGGUAUCCUACAAAAAUGUCUCAAAGAAGCACAAAAAAAGAGUCUCUCGACCAUUUCCAUCCCCGCAAUUGGGACUGGGAACCUCAACUUUCCCCGUGAUUGCGUGGCUGAAGCUUCCUUUGAUGAAGUUUUAUCCUUCAGUAAGAAAAAUCCAAGCAGCCCUUUGAAGGAAGUCCAUUUGGUUGUUUAUGAUAAGGAUUUGCAAUCAGUGCAAGCCUUCCAGACCGAACUGCAAAAAAGAAGUGUGGGUCCACCUCCACUGCAACCACCAGCAGCAACAGCAGCUCCGAAAGAUGGAAAGAAGAAACGUCGGGGCCUGCGCGGUGGUAGUGACAAAAGAUCAGAAAUAGAUACCCCUGAUGGCGUAGAUGUUAUCUCGGACGAAGAGCCUAUAUUAUUAGAUCCCUUGCAACCUGAAAUAACGAUUGGCAAUAUUAUCGUUCAAGCUGAGACUGGUAACAUCACGAAAGAAGUAACUGAUGCAAUCGCGACCUUGUCGAACAACGAGCUCGAUGUCGCACUGGGAGGCGGUGUGGGAAAGGCUAUCCUAGCUGCUGGAGGAUCAACUAUUCAAGCAGAAUGCUCAGCUAUGGGGCCCCUGAAGCCAGACAGAGUGGUGGCUUCUAAAGCCGGAAAUCUACAAGUAAGAAAAAUUUACCACAUGGUUCCAGAUCGGAUUUCGAGCAUGCGUUCCAUAAGUAAUUGCAUUUUGGAGUGUUUGCGAAAGGCAGACUCGGAUGGAUUGACCUCGAUUUCAUUCCCAGCUGUUGGAACAGGAAACGUUAACAAAGAUGCCAAAGAGGCUGCAGAGGGGAUGAUGGCUGCUAUUUUCAAGUUUGCUCGAGAGGAACCUGUAUCCAUUGCUCUUGUUCGCAUUGUGAUCUAUCAGCCCCAAAUGUUAAGUGUGUUCCAGACUGCAAUGGAAGCGAGCUUGUCCUCAGCAAAAAGUGGAACAGGUUUUCUCUCAAAGCUUGCUGGAUGGAUUGGAUUAGGACAAAGUGGCUCAGCGUCUUCACAUUCUAUGCCAUCAAUGCGCACGUUUCGCGGAAAAGCAAAGCCUUUCAGCUACAUAGAAAUUUUUGCAAGCACCAAGCAAGACACUGACACAGUCAUCCAGACAAUAGAAAAGGAUGCGGCUGAUCACUGCACACUGAAAGUAAUUGAGCGUGAAGCAAUAUGUAGUCUUUCAAAGGGGCAAAUACAACAAGUAAAGAAAUUGGAAGCUAAAUACGACGUCAUUGUUAACAUCGAGCAGACCAUAGGUCGCAUAUCUGUAAGAGGUGAUACAGAAGACGUUCUCGAUGUAGCCACCACAAUUUACGAAGUACUUAACCAGAAGAUCGAGGAAGAGCAUGCAAGAGGUGUUGGUGAGCUCCUUUCUAAAAACGUACAAUGGUUCUUCUAUGACAGCGAUGAUGAUGAUGAAACCCCAGAGCCUUAUGAGCCCAGCAUUAAUUUGCAGAUUGAAGAAGCCUUUGGUGAGGGCAAAGACUCUGUUAUUUUAUUAAUAGAUGAAGAAAAAUGCGAGAUUGUUUACAAGGAGAUGAAGGAAACCUGCCUUGACAGUGGAGAAGUGAGAGUCGUUGUUCGGAAAGAGAUUGGGAAAGGUACAGUGCAGCUAAACUGAAAAAUAAUACGUAUUUUAGAUUUAUGGUGUUUAAACUAAUGACAAAGCAGUUUUGUAAGUUAUUCCAUUUGCACAUUGAAUUGUGCUGACAAGAAUGAAUCUCAAGUCAAAUUAAAUCUUUUCAAUCAGGUGUUCCAUUACCCUUAGAGUGGGAUGUGCAGCCAAAGGAUGACUCUGGAAAAGAGAAAGAGGUACACCUAGUACUAUUAGAUCCUAACGCGAGCGAGUACAAAAAGGUAGCAGACAAAUUGGGCAAGACGUCCCCCGUUACCAUUAUCAAGAUAGAAAGGGUGCAAAAUCCUUCCCUGUACCGCGCAUAUGUCGUCAGAAGGGAACAGAUGGAACUUAAGAAUGGCAGCAAUGAAAAACUACUCUUCCAUGGAACAGCUGGAAACAGCUGCCCCUCCAUCAACAAAUUCGGUUUCAACAGAAGCUACUGUGGCAAAAAUGGUAAUUAUUAAGUUCAUUGUCAUUGAAAGUUGUAUACUUACAUUAAUUUUUACAUGGUAUACUUUGGAGGGUCUGGAAACGUUACAGUGCAACAUCAUCAACAAUAUCAACUCAGCUUUGCAACAAUGAAAUAGCUAUAUUCUGGCUACCCUAGAAAUCCAAGGUCAUUUUUUUAAAUACAUCAUAUUGCUUUACAUACAGGUUCAAAAGAAACCUUUCGGUUUCCUAAAAUAUAAGUGUUUUGAGGAGUGUUUCUUUUUGGGUACUGAUGAUAGUUAUCCCUUCCACAAAAAAAUUAUCAUCAUUUGAUUUUCUCAGUUUCCUAAAAUGCAAUAAAUAAUUGGAAUAUGCUUAUGACAAACCCAUUUUGAGAAUCAAUUUAGGAGGCCAAUUUUUAUUUGGAAACGGGUCUAUUUUGGCCUUUGGGCCUCCUCCGAUCAUUGAUUUUCAUGAUUACUCGACUUUGAAAGUUAAAAGAAGCUGUGAAAAAUUAUUGUUCUGGACACCGCUUGCAAACCUAAGUAUUCUUUCAUAAGCUUCGAAAUUGCAUGGAAUGUUUCCAUGUUACCAGAAAGAAAAAGUGUAGAAAUUAAGUGCCUGCAAGAAGGUGGUCGUUGUUGUUAACUUGUUUGUUUCAUAAUUUUUAGCAACUGUGUAUGGAAAUGGUGUUUACUUUGCUCGAGAUGCAUCCUAUUCCACACAAAAUAAGUAUUCACCACCUGAUGCGACAGGGCACCGUUGCAUGUAUCUUGCACGUGUCCUUGCCGGUGAAUACACGAAAGGAAGGCAGGGAAUGAUAACUCCGCCUCCCAAGGGAAGUGACGCCACCGAUGUUUAUGACACUGUUGUGGAUAACCGCACAGAUCCAACCAUAUUCGUUGUGUUCUAUGAUAACCAGUGUUAUCCAGAUUAUCUUAUUACUUUUAAAUGAUGGAGCAAAGUCGUUAAGAACCUUUUGAAUAACCAGUAUUGUACCUUUUCAUUCGGGGGUAGUGAUCUGUUUGUCUUGAUUUUGAGAGUGCAUCCAGGGGUGAGCCAGGUAGAAGGUUUAUAAAGUUCGAACCCCGAUUUAGCUCAAACUUAGUGGAUACUACGAACAAACAGCUGUUUUAGGUGCUGACCGAUAGAGUCAUGUUUUAAGGAGGGGAGCGUUGGGAUUUUCGGUUUUGCAGUUUAAGCUAUUUUUUAAAUCGGUUUUUCCGGUUUUUGUGUUCAAAAACUUCGGUUUUUCGGUUUUAAUGUUCAUUGCAGUUUGCGGAUUUUACGUUUUUAGGGAUUUGGUUUUCGAUAUCUUCGACAGCCAUUUAGUUCUAAGGCAUUCUUUGUCGCAGCAUCAAGGUUGUCUUUAAGUGACUUAAAAUCUGGAACUGGGGUCCAUACUUGACCAAGCAGAGAGCGUAGAAGGACUAGUACUGGGCUGUUAUAACGUUUGAUUCUUCUGUAUACCAACCAAACCGAUUCUGAGAACACACUAGUAAGCAAUUAAAAGAUAACAUUGGGGGUAUCUUACAAUUAACGGUGGUUCAUAACAAACAGUUAAUUUUUUUAUUAGGCACUUUCACAUGCAGUUGUCAGUGAACACUCGUGCCAAGUGCAAAGUCAUGUACGUCAAAUAAAGUUUAUUACCAAAACUCUUCUG